AGGCCGCAGCGGAGCUCUGGCCGAAAGGGCGUCUCGUAUUGGAUGGCCUUGUAAAAACCCAUCCCUUCGUCGCCUUCGUCCCUUCUCUCUCCUUUUAAGCAAGCGGGCGGGCGGGUGAGCGAGCGAGAGGAACAGAGGGGAACCCUAUUCUCUCUUCUUGUAUCGCCCCGAAGAGAUUCUUGGACGCGUUCGCUCGUGGUCGUAGAUCGGAUCGUAGAGGCCUUUAGAGAAAGCGCCUUGGAGCGGCGGAAGCUUUGGAUUGCAUCUGUUCUUGUUGUUCUGCCCUAAUUCCUUUUGCAAGAGGAUAGCUCGUGGGACAGGAAUCUGGAAAUUUCAUGUGGACUUCCUAGUAAGAAAGGCAAAAUGAACAACACUUUCAACAACCAAGUUUUAGCUGAAAAGCUAUCUAAGCUGAACAAUUCACAACAAAGCAUUGAAACAUUGUCACAUUGGUGUAUUUUUCACCGGAAGAAAGCCAAAGAAGUUGUUGAGACAUGGGAGAAACUGUUUAAUAGCUCACCGAAAGAACAAAAAGUCUCUUUUCUGUAUCUGGCAAAUGAUAUUCUGCAGAACAGCAGGCGCAAGGGGAGUGAGUUCGUAAGUGAGUUUUGGAAGGUCCUACCUGGAUGUUUGAAAACUGUAUAUGAGAAUGGAGAAGACAAUGGAAAGAAAGUGGUCAUGAGAUUAGUAGAAAUAUGGGAUGAAAGGAAAGUCUUUGGUUCUCGUGGACGAAUCCUUAAAGAUGAUGUUCUUGGUAACACUUCUCCUUUGUUGGAUAACAAUGGAAAGAGUUCGAAUCCCAUAAAAGUAGUAAAGAAAGAUACAAGUUCAAUAAGAAUUAAAUUGGCUGUUGGAGGAAUGCCUGAGAAGGUAGUAACUGCAUAUCAAGCUAUACUCGAUGAACAUUUCAAUGAAGAUACUGCCUUAAAUAAAUGCAAAGCUGCUGCUUAUCUUGUUGAGACGAUGGAGAAGGAUGUUAAUGAUGCCUGUGCUCAAGGUAAUCAACAAGGAUCACCAUUGAUAAAUGACCUUCAGGAGCAGGAAACCAUUCUAAAGCAAUGCACUGAGCAACUUGAAAGUGUCAAAUUGGCUAGAUCAUCCUUGAUUGCUCUGCUAAAGGAAGCACUUAAAGAACAGGAAUCAAAGCUGGAGCUUGUCCGCACUCAAAUACAAGUUGCUCAAGCUGAGAUCGAACAUGCCAGCAACAUGAGGCAGAGACUUGGUUCAGCCACCACCAGCAAUGGUCCCGGCCCUAGCCUCACCCCUCCGAACAUGACCCAGCCAAUCAUAACUCUUCCACCAGAAACAACAACUGCAACAGAACCCAACCCAUCCGCCACAAAACCCAUCACCCUGCAAGUUCAACCACCACAACCUGUGACAACUUUUGCAAGUACCUUAAGCAGUGCAGAAGAGGAGCAAAAGAAAGCAGCAGCAGCUGUCGCAGCAAAGCUCACUGCUUCAUCUUCCUCAGCACAGGUGCUGACCUCUAUUUUAUCAUCUUUGGCUGCUGAAGAAGCCGCUUCCAAAAAUAGUGGUCUAAGUACUGGAGUCUUUACGAGCAGCCCACCCAUUUUCUCAGUGGAUAAAAGACCCAGACUCGAGAAGCCCAUGACUGUCUCUGAUAUGAGUAAUGGCUCCUAUUUCGGACAGGUUCAGCAUCAGUCACCGCAGCAAAUGACAUCUGUUCCUCUUGCACUGCCCCAAGGCUCGGCCACAAGUAUGCAGCCAAUGUCCCAUGCAACUCAACCAUUUUCACCACCUCCGCCACCUUUGCCACCAGUGCCACCACCACCCAUGCAGCAGCAGUAUGCACAGACUAGUGGAAUGAUGGUAGGUAUGGUACCUUUUGGUUAUGUGGGUAACCCUCUUCCCCCGCCGCCACCUCUGCCAACCCAUGUAUCAAUGGGGUUGACAAGACCUGGUGCUCCACCUCCGCCACCGCUACAGCAGCAGCAGCAGCAGCAGCUGCAAUCAGCUACAGCAGGGUUUUACCAGUCUUCGGGAAUUGGUUUGUAUGGGCAAGUGCAGACAACUCCGCCUGUCCAACGGCAAUGAAAAGUGUAUAAUGGCUUCGGUUCUUCCACAUGACCCAAUCUGUCUUAAUAUGUAUAUUAGUAGCCCUUUUUUGGGUGACAUAUUUAGUGGAAUAGGUAGAUAUAGUCAAGGCAGAGUAGGAUCGGCACUGAUGGAAAUGUCUGUUGACAGAAGUAUGGGUUUAUUAUCUGUUAAAGUGGUCACAGAUGACAAUCUGAGAUCUCCUGAGAAGUCUGUGGGGACAUGCAUGUCUCCAUUCUUUGUAAGCUCAACAGUCUAGGUUUUUUUUUUUUGGUUCUCACUGGAGGAUGACCCACUUUCUGUUGAUGGAAUUAAGAGAAGAGGUGUACUUAUUGCUACAACCCUCGUCUUCUCACUUCUCACUGAUAAUGUUGUUUUUUGAACCAAUGCAAGCAUAGCCUUCAAGAUUAGUUGUCA